UCAUGCUGCUGCCAGGUCCAGAGUCUCUCAUGGGUCCCUGUACGGCCUCCCAUUGCUGCUGUCUCCAUCGCCACACUCUGCCAUGUGCCACUUUCAGGUCUCCUCACACUGCUGGUGGGUUCCAUUUUUUGUCAUAGGGUGCUGGCAGAUUACGGGCCUCCCAUUGCUGCUGCCAGGCCCGUAAUCUGCCAUGGGCCCCCGUACCGCCUCCUCAUGCUGCUGCCAGGUCCAGAGUGUGUCAUGGGUCCCUGUACGGCCUCCCAUUGCUGCUGUCUCCAUCGCCACACUCUGCCAUGUGCCACUUUCAGGUCUCCUCACACUGCUGGUGGGUUCCAUUUUUGUCAUAGGGUGCUGUAUGGCCUCCCAUUGCUGCUGCCUCCACCGCCGUACUGUGGCUCACACACUCUGGUUUUGGCCCCGUGACUGCCCAAAUGAGUGAAGUGUGCGGUGAUUCUAAGAUCGACGGCACUCAUCUGCAUGUCAUACUGAUCUGCGCACAAUCUGACCCGCUCAUACCAUAGCUGA